UAUGUCACGGAAUUUACUGUCAAAGAACAGGAACCACCGGGGAUUUAUAUCGGGAAUAUACCCGAAUCAAGUAACCUCUUCCAAAAGGCAAAUAUUUCUCAAGAUGUAUUUGACAGAAUGACGUAUACGUUUCAUCAACCUGAUAAUGAAUAUAAACAUGUAUUUAGUAUCAAUAAUGUCACCGGUGAUCUUUUUUUUAUCGACAACAAUUGACAGGGAAGACAUUCAGAAAUGCAGAUACUUUCUGGAUUGUGUUUUAACGUUUGAUGUGGCUGCAAAUGACUGUUUUGGAGAGUUUCUAAUUGUUACAGUUAAUGUCCACAUAAAGGACAUCAACGACAAUGCCCCACAAUUCCCAGAAUCUGCAAUAACCAUCAACAUUUCGGAAACAUCUAGCGUCGGCCAUCUUGUUCAACUUCCUUCUGCUGUGGAUCUGGACACAGGGAUAAACAAUGGAGUCCAGAGCUAUGAAAUUUUUCCUGCCAAUGGAACUUUUGGACUUGUAACUACGAAAAAAGUGGAUGGAAGCUUUGAUGUGAAAUUAAGGUUGCAGGAACGACUAGAUAGAGAGAAAAUUGAUAAAUAUAUCUUCCAAAUUUUUGCAAAAGAUGGUGGGACUGAAAGGAACACUGGGAAAUUACAAGUUGACAUAAAUGUUUUAGAUGAUAAUGACAAUCCCCCAGUGUUUAGUGAAUCAAUUUACAAUUUAACUGUAAGUGAGGAUACCCAGCCAGGAACCACGAUUCUGACUGUGACCGCCUUUGAUAAAGACAUUGGUAUGAAUGGAGAGGUGGAGUAUCAUAUCAGUCAACAAGCCUUCAGUGAUAUCUUUUCCAUCAACUCCAAAACUGGUGACAUCUCCCUGCUUAAGAAACUAGAGUAUAAUCAAAAGAAAGUAUACUCUUUUGUAAUAGAGGCACGAGAUAAAGGAACAAUGCCAAACUAUUCCCAGGUCAAGGUCAACAUUCAAGUUGAAGCUGUUAGAAAUGAUAGUAAUAACCCCCCUGUGAUUAAACUCCACAUGAUUUCAGGAAGCAAUGGAGUUGUUCCUAUAUCUGAACUUAUCAAUCUCAAUGCGGUUGUGGCAUACAUUAGUGUGGAAGAUUCAGACACUGGUAACAAUGGCAAUGUGGCGUGUACGAUCUCUUCCUCUUACUUCGGAAUUCAGGCUUUGUCUAGUAAAGGUUUCAAAGUUAUUGUACUAAAACUAUUGGACAGAGAAAGCGUCAGUCAACACACCAUUACUGUGAUUUGUCGAGACUUUGGAACUCCACCUCUGCAGUCCUCUAAAACCUUCCAUGUCAUAGUUUUGGAUGAAAAUGACAAUACACCCACAUUUGAUCAACCUGUCUACCUAGUUACCAUGAGAGAAAACAAUCCUAUUGGAGAAGCUCUCACGCAAGUAUCAGCCCUUGAUAAGGAUACGGGACUGAACUCGUGGAUUCAAUAUGUUCUUCAAAAUGACGCAGGAUCACAAUUUGGCAUCGACAACUCGACAGGGAUAAUCUACGCCACUAAAGUGCUGGACAGGGAGACGAGAAGUGACUAUGAAUUUCGUGUCUUAGCUGUAGACAGUGGUUAUCCACCAAGAACAGGUUCUGCUUUUGUGAUUAUCAAUGUUACUGACGUCAACGAUAAUCGACCAAUAUUCAGCAAAUCUCUUUUCACAUUUGAAGUCAGCGAGGGAAGGAACCCAUAUACUCCUAUUGGUAGAGUCAAAGCAUAUGACCCUGAUGUGGGAUUGAAUGCAUUCGUGCAGUAUUACAUGUUGGCACAAGAUAUAAAUGUUCCAUUUCAAGUUUUACGGAAUGGUACCGUCAUUACCAGCACUUCACUUGACAGGGAACUCCGAAGUCAGUAUAAUUUUAUGGUGUAUGCUAGAGACAGUGGAAAUCCUUCUCUGAACAGUUCUGCUAAUGUCACAGUGUACGUAAUGGAUGCUAAUGAUAACGCUCCCACCAUUCUGUUCCCAAACAAAAUGAACAACACUGUUUCUUCAACUGUCACCUCCCUACCCAUCACAAAAAUCGUAGCAGUGGAUAUAGAUGAUGGGAUCAAUGGACAGCUCACUUAUUUCCUUAUGAAUGAAGACGACAAAAACAUGUUCAAUAUUAAUUCUCAGACAGGAGAGCUUUAUUUCAAAAGCAAUUUUCACUUCACAACAGAACAAUUUAGAUUGAUGAUCUGUGUGAGAGAUUCCGGACUCCCUGUAAAACAUGUCUGUACUCAACUGAAUGUUAAUGUACUGGGUGAUGAUACCUUUUUUGAAUAAAAGAAGAAAGCCCAGAGUUACUUCCACUCGAUGAAAACAUCAAGCAGAGAAGUAUUGGAGUAGUGUUUGGUCCGGAAAUAUUGCAUAGACUGCUUCUGUAAAUACAUAUUUAAGGCAAAUACACAAUCAUCUAUUUAACACUAUAUUAUUUUCUAUUUUUCAGUCUUGUUCUCCACUUAUAAUAUGCAUCCUAAUAAAUUCAAAGCAGAUUGAAGAUGACUUUUACACAUUAUAUAAAAUAAAUGUUGCAGACGACAUAACUCAUUUACGGGUGGUGUUCGUGCUGGAAGAAUGAGUUUCCUAUUGCAGCAUUUACCAGUGCUAUUAAAG